UAGUGUCUUACUGGACGCUAGCGGGAGUUGGCCGCACUUCGGCAUUUUACGUGCAAAGGAGACGAACAAGUCGUCUCUGAUACCGCAUCAGUUGCGUGGCAGCGCGCUGGAAGCGUUGGAGCAUCGGUGCGCCGUGGGAGCUCGCUGUACUGACUAUUGCUCUCUCACAGCCGGUUUUGCGACCGUCAUACGCGUGCAACGCCUCGCCAUCUGUCCGAUCGCAUAAGCCAUUUGUUUGGGCGGCUGGUCGACGAAAGGAUGCGUGCGAGGCUGCUGGCCUCCAGGCUCUGCAGGGCGGUUUUGAGGCCGCGCCGCCAGGUCUCAGACGUCACCAACCUGGAGAUCGUCCGGCAGAACACCGCACUUAUCACUUACGCCGACGGCAACACUGAAACAAAAGACACGCGCACGCUGCGCCAGGACGACGCGGCGACGAGCGCGUGGAUGCUGGCGCGGGCGGCUCUGGACGCCACCGCGUCUGAAUUCGCCUGCGCUGCGCUGGAUGAAUCCCCGUUCCUGAGCCGCGCGGCGCUGCUCGACCGCAAGCUGCAUGGCUCCGAGGCCCGUGUCGACACUCCAGCCACACGCUUCGGCCAGGCCUCGGAGCCGCUCGCCGUGCAGGCGUACCGCGACAAGACCGGGUUUGACGUGCGGGCGACGGGCCUCUACACCUGCGCCGACCUGCGCUACGGCGCGAGCCCCGACGGCGUCGUCGUCGACCGCGCGACGGGCGAGGAGGGGUUGUUGGAAGUGAAGUGCCUCUACCGCGAGCGAAAACGUACCUUCGUCUCGGCGGCGAAGCCGCCGGCGCGAUUCCUGGCGCAGGUCCAGGGCCAGCUCGCGCUCUCGGGGCACGCGUGGUGCGACCUCGUGAUGUGGAUCCCUUCUCAUCUGGCGAUCUUCCGGGUCGCGCGCGACGCGUACUACUGGGACGCCGUCCUCAAGCCGGGGCUCGUCGCGUUCUCGGACGAGCUGCGGCGGCGCCGUGUGUUGUGACAGUUAAG